AUGGCCAUAAAGAGACACAAUGCCAAACCAAAAGGCACAACAGAACGGUCAGCCGCCACGUCAGAUCAAGUAGCAGAUCACGAAAACCUCAACCCAAAUUCAACGCUGUCCUGGCCACAAUCGAAUCAAACUUCCAGCUACGUCGGAAAGAACAACGAGCGACGUAAUGCGGAUGCGGCCCGUAUCUUGCAAGUGGUCGAGGCCUACUGUGCCAGUGCAUGGACUCAGCUGAGUUGUCGAUCAUUGGAUCCGUCCAAGGGAGCGAACCCUCGUGUCUGUUCCGGUGUCCUUUCACCCGCGGAGAGUAAAACAUUGCUCCAGCAAUUCAUGGCCCCCUCACUGAUCAGUAGUCAGACCCGCUCUGGCUCGAAACAUCCCACUGACUCGGCAUCGUCAGAAAUACCACUGUCCUCGAAAGUAGCACCGGGCAAAUCGUCCGGACUUUCAGCCUCGGCUAUCGUUCGAAGUGUGGCCAAACGGUCUGGUUCGACAAAACAGAAAUCGGAAUCGGUCGUCGUACCGUCCGACGGCGCUCGUCCAAAUACAGCUCAGCUGGCAACAACAACCGGCCCGACCCCCGUGUGCCAUCCGGUUGCCAGUUCAGACGUUGCUGGUUCAUCUUCCGUAGUUCAAAGCUUUUCUCCACCACCCGUUAUCCUUCCGACGCGAGGAGGACGACGGCUGUGA